AUGGGAGGUGCUCUAAUGACCUUGGCUACUUUUCUCAAGCAUGUCCCGAAUAACCAAUAUGUGGAGUUUGCCGCUUAUCAGCUUUCGGGAGAGGCUCAGCAGUGGUGGCAAGAAGAAUGCCGCUUGCUACAACUUCAGAAUGCCGAUAUCCCUUGGGAUGUAUUCCAAAUGGCUUUUUAUAAGAAGUACUUUCCUGAAUCUGCUAGGGAGGCGAAGAAGAUGGAGCUUAUGCAGCUGAAGCAAGGUUCUUUGUCUAUAACGGACUAUACUAGCCGAUUUGAGGAGCUUUGUAGGUUCUCUAGAGUGUGUCAGGGUGCCCCGAAAACCUAUGAAAGUUGGAAGUGUAUUAAGUAUCAAAGGAGCUUGAAGGAUAAUAUUAUGACUGCUGUGGCUACUUUGGAGAUUCGGAUCUUCUCCGAUCUUAUGAAUAAGGCGAGAGUUAUUGAGGAAUAUACAGGAACCCUAAUGGCCACUCGCGGACGAGGUCGUACACGUUCACGAGAGAGUAGAAAUGAGCAACCGGCCGAUAACCAUGCCGAAUUUAUGGCGACAAUAGCGAAUCUUACGAACACCAUGGAAGCUAAUACUGUUGUGACUCUGCAAGCCGUGCAGAGGUUAGGCCAAUCAGCUGGAAAUGUAAACGGGAAUAGCGAAGGAAAUACGAAUGAUAAUGCUUAG